UCAGGCAGUCGCCGGACCACUCAAUUUCUUUCUCGUUCAAGAUGGCGGGUGACGAGUCGGGUACAACGCUGGGACAGCCUCAUCUUUUCAAGCAAGAUUUAAAUUCCUUGGAAGUGUCAAAACUGACUCCCCUCUCGAGAGAGAUCAUCAGCAGACAGGCAACCAUCAACAUUGGAACCAUUGGGCAUGUGGCCCACGGCAAGUCCACAGUGGUCAAGGCCAUCUCUGGUGUCCACACUGUCCGCUUCAAGAACGAGUUGGAAAGGAACAUCACCAUCAAGCUAGGAUAUGCCAACGCCAAGGUGUACAAGCUGGAUGACCCCAGCUGUCCCCGGCCUGAAUGCUACCGAUCCUGUGGCAGCAGCACUCCCGAUGAGUUCCCCACAGACAUCCCUAACACCAAGGGCAACUUCAAGCUUGUCAGACAUGUGUCAUUUGUAGACUGUCCCGGUCACGACAUCUUGAUGGCCACCAUGUUGAACGGUGCUGCUGUCAUGGACGCAGCCCUUCUCUUAAUUGCGGGCAACGAGUCCUGCCCCCAGCCCCAGACCUCGGAGCAUCUGGCUGCCAUCGAGAUCAUGAAGCUGAAGCACAUCCUGAUCCUGCAGAACAAGAUCGACCUGGUGAAGGAGAGCCAGGCCAAGGAGCAGUACGAGCAGAUUCUGGCCUUUGUUCAGGGCACUGUGGCCGAGGGAGCGCCCAUCAUCCCCAUCUCGGCCCAGCUCAAGUACAACAUCGAGGUGGUGUGCGAGUACAUCGUCAAGAAGAUCCCCGUUCCCAUUCGAGACUUCACCUCCGAGCCCAGGCUCAUCGUGAUCCGAUCGUUUGACGUGAACAAGCCCGGCUGUGAGGUGGACGACCUGAAGGGAGGCGUGGCUGGAGGCAGUAUCCUCAAAGGGGUGCUCAAGGUGGGCCAGGAGCUGGAGGUGCGUCCAGGCAUCGUGUCCAAAGACCACGAGGGCAAGCUGAUGUGCAAGCCCAUCUUCUCCAAGAUCGUUUCCCUGUUCGCGGAGCACAACGACCUGCAGUACGCUGCCCCCGGAGGCCUUAUCGGUGUCGGCACAAAGAUCGACCCCACGCUCUGCCGAGCUGACCGUAUGGUGGGUCAGGUGCUGGGCGCGGUCGGAGCCCUGCCAGAGAUCUUCACCGAGCUCGAGAUCUCCUACUUCCUGCUGAGGAGGCUGCUGGGAGUCCGCACGGAGGGAGACAAGAAGGCUGCUAAGGUCCAGAAGCUUUCCAAAAACGAGGUUCUGAUGGUGAACAUCGGGUCCCUGUCCACCGGAGGGCGUGUCAGCGCCGUGAAGGCUGACCUGGCCAAGAUCGUCCUGACCAACCCGGUCUGCACAGAGGUCGGGGAGAAGAUCGCCCUCAGUCGUCGUGUCGAGAAACAUUGGCGUUUGAUUGGCUGGGGCCAGAUCAGGAGGGGCGUGACCAUCACGCCAACAGUGGACGAUGACUGAGAAAGGACUGGAGCCAAACCAGGAUGUUUUUACUUGACCACGGUGAAGCUCCUAGGGCUGGACAACACGACCAUCACACUCUUUAUUAUUUUACACAGGAGGAGGACGGGAAGCCGCAAGGGACAGAUCUCAAUAGUUUAAGGUUGCCAUGUCGGUCUGCAUCCCCUGAGCAGGACAGGUGGGGGCGGAGCCAACAGAGCGCACUGCGCUCACCUGCCCUGCGACGUUAGACCAGAGGAGGGUGAAGGCGAAGAAGGCCUUUUUUUAUUUUUAAUUACAGUACAAAACUAUUAGAUCAAGGAUUAUGUGGGGCGUGAAUCCGGGUAAAUUCCUGUUAAACUAAUGCAGAGCAUCCAGACCCCCGGGCCCGUUCGAUAUGAUGAUCUUUGUCCUAUUUCGCCGUAGAUGUUUGCCUAAAUUAUAGGGUGCUGUCGAGCCUCACCAUUCCAAUAAAACAUGCAUCUGGUUUCCAUAUGCAACUGAGCGGGGGACGGCGCAAGGAGGAUGUGCUGUCCUUUGUUCUCAUUUGAAUCUAAUAAAAUACAUUUUGAGGAAACGUUUGUCCU